AUGUCCACAAUUGACGAUAAUAAUGCGAAUCACAGUAAGUCCCUUGAGAUUAUUAAAUCGAAAUUCUUGGAGCUUCUAAGUCAGAUGUUACCAUCGCAAUCAUUAAAAGUCGCGGUCCAGUAUGUUCCAUUCCGAAAAAUUAUAACUUUGAUACCGGAGGAUGCGAUACUCGUCCAUAUAGCGAUUCAAAAUGAUUUUCAAACGAUUAUAGCAAAGUCGUUGGAAUCAACAGUGAUUUCACUGUGCAAACGCGACCAGAAACAUACCAUACAAAUGUUUUUAGAAGGAAUUGGUGAUCUUUAUAAUAUAGGUUUUCAGCCGCAGAUUGCAAAUUUAUAUCCACCAGUGCAAUUUCCAGUUAGUCGCGGAACACCAAUGAUAUCUCUUCUUGUUAGAUUGGAUCAUACCGACGAUUACCAUGUUUAUCAGUACAGAGGACAACACAUAAUUUCCAGUAGAGAAAGACCUGUCAGUAUUACCACCGCUGACGAAGAGUUCGAAUAUUUCUCUGGUCAUGUAAUUGAUGGAAAAAAUUUGCUACCGGCGACAGGCACUAAUAACUUCGAGAUUAUAGAAGAUGACAACGUAAUUGUCAGUGGAUUCGCAAGGGUACCUAACGACAUUGCGUAUGAAAAACUACCUGUUCAAUUUUUAUCCAACAGUGGUGAAGAUAAUGAGUGCAUGAACACAGCAGAUAUUUAUAAGGAGCUACGACUCCGUGGUUAUCAGUAUACUGGUUUAUUUCGUUUGCUGAAAAGCGCUUCUAUCACUGGUAAAGUAGGGCACAUCAGGUGGCCUAUGAAUUGGACAGCAUUCAUGGACAACAUGCUACAAAUGAAAAUCCUAUCGUUUGAUCCAAGAAGUAUUUGCGUGCCGACUGAAAUUCGCAAAUUAAUAAUCGAUCCUGAAUAUCACAUGAAACAAUUGCACGAUAUUUCCGUUAAAAAAAAAAAUUUGCCUGUACGUGUCUAUGAUUGUUUAGACGCCAUAGUAUCCGGAGGAAUAGAAAUUUGUGGGGUCAAAGCUACAGUCAUAUCUCGUCGAUUGACCAGA